AUGGAUGGAGAGGAAGCACAAAAGCUGCAAAAACGUUGGGAAACUGCUGAACGGCAACGACGCAAUGUUGUUGACCGGUUUAACCGAGCGCAAUCAGGUUAUUUUGAAACCAAAGAAGGUUUAAGGAGCCAAUUGCUAUACAUACUCCCUGCAAGGUUUGUUUAUGUCUAACACGUUAUCAUCACUUUUUUAAUACUGGCUCCUUGAUAUCAUUAGAAAGGGAAUCGGAUUCUAUUCCAGCCUUUGCGAUGUGAUUGAAUCCUUAAUCAGUAACACGCGCAAAUUCACAAAUGAGCGUGCACGCGAGCGUGAAAGCAUGGCGGAAACGUUAGAAACGGAACGCAGUGGCAGGGAACAAGAGUUGCUUAAGGAAAAAUUGAGCAAGUAUACUUCGUCAACUGCUGCUGCUGUUACUGCUACCACGGCAACGACUAUACCAACACCGACACCGACAAUGCCGUCUGCACCGAGAAUCGAUACGACCAUGUCUACUUUGGCCGACAAGGCGCGCGAAAUGUCAAUUAGCGGCGGCGGUGGAGGACCAAAUAACAAUAACCCGCCUUACUACAGCACUGCCUAUCAUCAACCUACUGCUUCGCCCAUCACACCUCGCUCGUACUCCACCUCAUCGCAGUCAUAUGUUUCUGGUCCUCCUCAACCUCAACCUACAGCUAGUUUUUCCAAUCCUGCUCCCCCACAACCUCAAGCGCCAGCACCUCCUCCUCCUCCUUCUCAGCAGCAGCAGUCUUAUACCAACUAUAGUGGGUCUCAUAUACCUUCCCAGCCAGUUUAUAACCAUCAGCCUCAACAACAGCAACAACCGACUGCUCCACCUCCACCACAACAACCGAUGCAAAGAGCGGCGUCAUAUUCGUCAAACAAUUAUAGUGCCUCACCAGCCAGUGCAUCUCCUGUGCCGUACAUGUUUGCACAACCUGUUGCAUCAGCACCUGCUAUGCCUAGACAAGAGAUGUACGCGUCGGCGCCUAUAGCUUCUGCGCCUCCAUCGUCGAACAUGUAUGGUGCGCCACCUGCAGCUCCUCCAUCAUCGGCGCCCUCGUUCCCAACACCGCAACAACAAGCACCGACGCCAUUACCACUACCGCAGCAGCAGCAGCAGCAGCCACAGCAACACCGUUAUUCUGUGUCUGUGUAUCCAUCGCAGCAGCAGCCAAUGCCACAGACACAGCAACAGGCGCCGUCAAUGCCACAGGCACAUCCUCCUCCGGUACAACAACAACAGCAGCAAUUACAGCAACAGCAACCAUCAAUACCACAGGUUCCACAAACACCACAAUUGCGGCAUCCACAGCAGCAACAACAACCCCCUCCGUUGCCGAGCAAGCCUCCACAAAUGCAAUCGCAGCAACAGCAGCAGCCACAAAAUCCCCCUAUUUCAAUGCCCAGUUACCAUCCAAUGUUGUCAUCCAACGUAUCCAUACGUUCGGAUCCUCCUACUAGCAGUAACUUACAACAGCCACCUACACCACAGCAACCACCUCAACAACAAUACUAUAAUGCUCAGCUGCAACAGCCAUUACAACAACAACAACAACAACAACAACCAGCACCACCUUCAUGGCAGCAACCACAACAACAGCAGCAACAGACUUGGCAACAACAACAACAACAACCGCCCCAGCAACGACAGCAGCAGCCUUCAUAUUGGCAGCCAUUAAACCCCAAUAAUGGUGGUGGAUCCCUUCUUGAUUAACCAAUCUUUUUAUAUUUUUUACCAAAAUCAAAAACCUU